UUAAUGUUUAAAGGAAUUGGAAUAUAACUAACUUUUUAAAGUUCAUUUUUAAUAUCUUUCACAACUUAAUGAUAACAUAAAUUAAUAUCAACAAGCUUUUCAAAAUUAUGCUGUUAUCAUAAUCUUGGUUCUAGAGCGACUACCUCGAAGAUGGAAUAUCGAAAUGCAUGGGUGUUAUCAUAUAAAGUUAUAUUUUUGUUCAACAUUUUACACGUGUUUGAUGGGUAAAUAAAUAUUUUAAAUCAUGAAGGAAGUUUUGCUAACGAAUUGUGAAAAGAACUUUGUAAAUAAAUCAGUGGAACAAGGCACGCGAUUGGAUGGUAGAUGUUUAUUUGAAGCACGACCCGCUAAAAUUUAUUUUGCAUCCAAUUGGGGUAGUUGUAUGGUUUUGCUUGGUCAAACUAGAGUUGUAGCACAAGUAACAUGUGAUAUUCAACAACCUAAGACUUCUCGUCCUAAUGAAGGGAUGUUACAUAUAAAUGUUGAACUUAAUCCAAUGGCUGCGCAGCAUUUUGAUGGUGGUAGACAAUCUGAGAUUUCAGUAUUGAUUAGCAGACAACUUGAAAAAUGUUAUCAAGAUUCCAAAUGUAUAGAUUUAGAAUCUUUAUGUAUCAUAGCUGAUAAACAAGUGUGGAAUUUAAGGGUUGAUGUUAACGUUAUUAAUCAUGAUGGAAAUUUAAUCGAUUGUGCUUCCAUUGCAACAUUAGCUGCUCUCUCACAUUUCCAUAGGCCUGAUGUAACUUCAAAUGGUGAAGAUAUUAUAGUUCAUCCAUUUUCUGAAAAAGACCCUUUACCUUUAACAUUAUAUCAUUAUCCAGUGUGUGUCUCUUUUAUAACAUUUGAAAGUGGAAGUACAGUUAUGGAUCCAACAUAUUUAGAAGAAAGAGUUGGUGUAGCUCAACUUACUCUUGGUAUUAAUUCGUAUAGAGAACUUUGUAGUUUGCAUUUUAACUACUUGACAAAAACUAUGACUGUUGAAGACGUGAUAUCAGCAGUUUCUACUUAUGCAUCAAAUUAUGCUGUUCAAUUAGUGCAACAAAUAAAAGAAGCAGUAAAUUAUGAUGUAGAAACAAGGUACAAGAAAGAUAAUCGUAAUGUAAAUCGUUUUAAAGAGUGCAUAAUGACGAAGAAGUUGACAACUAUGAAUAGUGAAUGUAUCAGUAUUAAACUGCGUAAAUGGGGUGAGAUAGAAAAAAUAGUAUCUAAUGUUGACGUAGAGAAAGAGGACGAAGAUGAAAAUUGUACAAUUAUAAAGCCUGGAGAAGGUUCUGCUGAAUUAAUAGCAAAUACAGGCAUGUCAUUUGGCGAAGGUGGACCUAAUACAUGGAAUUCGUCAGAAUCUUCAGAAGAAGAAAUAAACGAUGUUGAAAUUACUGCGGAGAUAAAGAAAGAAGAAAAUAAAAUAGAAGAUAUAGAAUUAAGUGGAGACAGUGAAGACGAAGCUAUCGAAAUGUUAGAAACAAAGGAUUUAAUGUAAUGAGUGAAUAAAUGACAAAUCAAAAUUA